AAAUCAAGAGGAGAAGACCGGAGACUACCAAACGUGUGCGGGCUCCUUUGUUUAACAGCUCGCCCCCUCUUCUCCUCCUCCUCAUCCGCUGAUAAGCAGCAACGCGGUUGUGGAAGAACACUGGAACCUAGUUAGGCGAACCUCUGGGCCGGGGAUUGAGACCAACGUGAGAAAAGUCUAGAGGCGUCCAACUUGCAAGAUUCGCCGCUAGUGAGUUCCAUCUCUUGAUUCCCCAAUAGUUUAGCCGGUGCAAGAAGAAAGAUGGGGUUUUGGAGCUCCGGGGUCACUUAUUCCGUUGAUUAUUGAGCUGUGGAGGUUCCCUGGCCGUCCCUGCCGAUCCUUGUCUCCGCUGGGCACUGAUUGCUUCGUUUCUGCUGUUCGUGGUGACCAUCGACAGAGGCCAAGAAUCUGCCUCUCAGCUUAGUUGCAGCGGUAGGAGAUCUCUAUGGGACAAAUUGACAAUUUUCCGUAGUUUGAUGUGCCAAACUGUUGUUCUUGUGAACUAACCGGCGGGGGCUCUAGGGGUUAGUGGGAAGAGGGGCUUGCUGUGUCCUGUGAAGAUAAGCUCAAAUCUUGGUAUAUUUCAAUUCAGUUUUGGUUUCCCAAAGUAUUACCUGGAGUGGUGGGGUUUGCUAGAUUUUGCAUUUUUUGGAAUUUGUCGAAAUACCACCCCGAACUUAAUCAGUUCUUGGUUUGGAGAUGGAAAGACAAUCCAGCUCCCGGCUUGGAGCUCUAGAAAAGCUGAAGAGCUUCAGGGGCAUAGAGAAGCAGAGAAGCUUCAAGUUCUUAUCCAUGGAGAAGCAGCAUAGCUUCAAGGAGAGGAGGAGCAAGGACAGCCCCGGUAAGAGGGGUGAUUCUGCGCUCCACCUUGCGGCGAGGGCCGGCAGUGUUGCCCAUGUCCAGAAGAUCUUUGCGGAUUGCGAUCCAGAGCUGGUGGGGGAAUUGGCUUCCCACCAGAACCAGGACGGUGAGACCGCACUGUAUGUGUCCGCAGAGAAGGGGCAUGUGGAGGUUGUGUGUGAGAUAUUGAAGGUCUGUGAUGUGCAGUCAGCAGGGCUCAAGGCAAACAAUAGCUUCGAUGCAUUUCAUAUUGCAGCAAAGCAGGGCCAUCUGGAUGUUUUACAGGAGCUAUUGCAGGCAUUUCCUGCGUUAGCUAUGACAACCAGUUCUGUCAAUGCCACAGCUUUAGACACUGCCGCAACUCAGGGCCACAUUGGUAUUGUCAAUCUUCUACUGGAGACUGAUGCAAGCCUUGCCAGGAUUGCAAGAAAUAAUGGCAAGACUGUUUUGCAUUCAGCAGCUAGAAUGGGCCAUGUGGAGGUGGUAGCAUCAUUGCUAAAUAAAGACCCGGGAAUUAGUUUCAGAACCGACAAGAAGGGACAAACAGCACUACACAUGGCUUCAAAAGGCCAGAACGCUGAAAUUCUGCUCGAGUUACUGAAGCCCGAUGUCUCAGUGAUCCAUAUGGAAGAUAACAAGGGGAACAGGCCACUGCAUGUUGCAACUCGGAAGGGCAACACUAUUAUGGUUCAGACUCUAAUAUCUGUUGAAGGGAUUGAUAUCAAUGCAACCAAUAAAGCUGGAGAGACUGCUUUUGCCAUUGCAGAGAAACUGGGCAAUGAAGAGCUUGUUAACAUUCUGAGAGAGGUUGGUGGAGUAACGGCAAAAGAGCAAGUAAAUCCUCCGAAAUCAGCCAAGCAGCUUAAGCAAACAGUCAGCGAUAUUAGGCAUGACGUGCAAUCACAGUUCAAGCAAACACAUCAGACCAAGAUGCAUUUCCACAAGAUCAAGAAGAGACUUCAAAAGCUCCACAUUGGUGGGCUAAACAAUGCCAUCAACUCCAACACCGUCGUGGCUGUGCUUAUUGCCACUGUUGCCUUUGCAGCCAUAUUCACCAUUCCUGGCAAUUUUCUGGAAGAUAUGAAGAAAGCGCCUGAUCCCAACAUGACCUUAGGGCAAGCAUUGGUAGCAAGCAAGCCAGCCUUUAUAAUCUUCUUGGUCUUUGAUUCCCUGGCCCUCUUUAUUUCACUUGCUGUUGUUGUUGUCCAGACCUCUCUGAUUGUUGUUGAGCAGAAAGCAAAGCAGAAGAUGGUGUUUGUGAUGAAUAAGUUGAUGUGGCUCGCGUGCAUCUGCAUAUCAGCAGCCUUCAUAGCGUUGACCUAUGUUGUCGUAGGUCGGGAUGACGAGUGGCUGGCUUGGUGCACAAUGGCAAUUGGCACCGUGAUUAUGUUGGCUACUCUUGGUUCCAUGUGCUACUGUAUCAUCACUCACAGGAUGGAAGAGAAGAGCAUGAGGAGGAUCAGAAGGUCCUCCACAAGCCAAUCAUGGUCAAUAUCAGUUGACUCGGAUACAGAGCUAGAACUGAACAGUGGGAAGAAGAGGAUGUAUGCAAUUUAGGAUGAUGCUGAAACGUGUGGCCAGGUCCGGUAUGUACAGAAGCCCGUUUGCCUGAGGUCACUUUGCAGCAUUCAGUGGACUGGCCUCAAAAUAUCUCUAGGCCUAGAACAUGGCAGCUGUGUGUCUGCAAAAAAGCCUUAUUGCACAAACAGAGGAGACUUCUCAAUGCAGCUCCUGGGUAGGUUCAUUCCAGCAGCCACUUUUUAUAGGCACCAUAGGAGUUUUUGUGAAGCAUGUUUUAGUCUUAUGCAUACGACUGUGCAUGAUGAUGAUACAUCAUGCAAUUAUAUAUACACGCUAGUAUAUUAGAAUAAAGUGCCAUUUUGUCAAACUUCUGUGGUCAUGGAUGCUCAUCUUGUGUAACAUGAGUCCAAAAAAGAAAGUGAUGCCUGUUUUGUCGACUUGACCAUUCAGAUAUUCCCCUACUGGCUGUGGUCACUGAGGCUGCAGAAUA